AUGGAAAAUUGUUCGUAUCAAUGUAUUCGUCGAACAUUAUAUGCUGUAUUAAUUGGAAUAUCACCUAUUGUUCUAUGUCUUCUAUUAAUUGCUUUAGCUCGAUUAAUAUUACAUCAACUUGAAACUGCUUAUCAUCGUCGACAAAAAUUUUCUGAUCGUCGUCGUUCGUCAUCAGCAUAUCAUCCGACUGGACGUCCUACUCUUUUAUAUACACCAGUAUCUACUACUGAAUUACAACGAAUUAUUCAAGGUAAAAAAUAUAUCGAACCAUCACCAAUACUUGCAAAAUCUGAGAAUAGUUCACCUAAAGCAUCAAAAUUUAUGAAAUCAAUAUUAACAAGACGUGAACCAUCACCAUCCAGAACUCUUUCAAGUCUUGUUAUACGUCGUCAUGCUAUUAAUUCAACACCGAUGACAGCAUUAUUUGCACCCACUUCUACACCAUUAAUACCAACAUUUAAUAUUAUCAAUGAGACAAUGUCAAAAUCAUCAAAUGCUAUUACUGUUAAACAUGAAUCAUCAGAAACAAAAACAUUAUCAACAAUAAAUAAUAAAAGAAUAAAUGUUGUUUUCCAUACAAAUGAUUCAUUUGAUGCUGAACAAACAGAUAUCGAUCCAUUUUUAUUCUCAUCAUCAUCACCAACAACAACAACGACGACGACUACAACAACUACAACAACAGUUGGUGUAGAUGAAUUUCUUGACUUUCAUUCAGUACGUUCAGUACCAUAUGCAUUAAGUUUAGUUAAUUAG